CUCCGGUUGGUGCUGCUCCUGACCGACUGUCAGCGGCAGACGGAGCUCAGCGCCUCCGGUAGGAGCCGUGAAAAUCAGUUCUCCUGCUAAAUAAAGGGGGAGAUGAAGUCCAGGGUUCAGGAAUAAGAGCUUUCAGAGCGGCGCCUCAUCGGAAACACAGCGGAACGGAAGACAGGCUACAUGGAAUCCACCACCGGGACAUCAUGUCCGUUUUUGAAGCUGUCACUGGGCCUCUUCGGUCAGAGCUGAGCACUGGGACUUCGUGUUUGUGGUCAUCGUGUCUUCUGGCUCUCUGAGGCCGACCUACUCUCUGCUAGCCUUAACAAACAACCACGACAUGGCACCCGUGCCCCCUGGCAUUCGAUUCCUGGCAUCCUUUAACCGGGAGCAAUGGUACCGAGCCUUCACCUUUGUGCUUACCUUCCUGCUCUACACCAGCUUCCACUUGUCCAGGAAGCCCAUCAGCAUUGUCAAGAGCGAACUACAUAAGAACUGUACACAGUCCAAGGAGUUAGCAACUGUAAGCAGCAAAAGCAGUCAGGAGCAUGUCCUGCAUGUGGGAGAAGAUUGCAGCUGGAAGCCAUUUGAUAAAGAAAACUAUAAGCAGCUGUUGGGAGCGAUGGACCUCUCUUUUCUGUUUGUUUACGCAGUGGGCAUGUACCUGAGUGGAAUUAUUGGAGAGCGUCUGCCAAUCCGGCUCUACCUGACCAUGGGCAUGCUGACCAGUGGCCUCUUCACCUGCCUUUUUGGCGUGGGAUACGUCUUUAACAUUCACAGCCUCAGCUUUUACAUCUUUGUUCAGAUUGCCAACGGUUUAGUGCAGACCACUGGCUGGCCCAGUGUGGUGACAUGUAUUGGAAACUGGUUUGGGAAGGGCAGGCGAGGUUUGAUUAUGGGGCUGUGGAACUCUCACACAUCGGUAGGGAACAUCCUUGGCUCUCUGAUUGCUGGGUAUUACGUGUCCUGGAACUGGGGGCUGUCCUUCAUCGUCCCUGGCAUCAUCAUCGCUGUUAUGGGCAUCAUCUGUUUUCUCUUUCUCAUUGAACACCCAAAUGAUCUGAAGAAUGCUGGCACCCAGAACGGUGCCAUUAAUAACCAGAAGCUGCACAAAAGCUGGACGGGCAUUAACGGCCAUAAGGAGCUCUACCUGCAGUACAAGCAGGGAGCCAAAAGCCAGAGCUCUGAUACGGAGCUGCUGUUGGGUCAGGAGCGUGAGGUUUGUGUACCUGUGCAGCAGGUGGUUGUAGUGAAGAGUGAGGCAGAGCCGUCGGCCAUAAGCUUCAGAGGCGCUCUCUGCAUACCGGGUGUGGUGGAAUUUUCUUUCUGCCUGCUCUUUGCUAAGUUGGUCAGCUACACCUUCCUGUUCUGGCUGCCCCUCUACAUCACUAAAGCAGCUCAGCUUGACUCAAAAGAAGCGGGAGAUCUCUCCACCCUGUUUGACGUUGGUGGAAUUGUUGGAGGUAUCCUGGCUGGUGUGGUAUCAGAUAAGCUUGGAAAAAGAGCCACUACCUGUGCUGUAAUGCUGCUCUUGGCUGCGCCCACACUUUAUGGCUUUUCCAUGAUCAGCCAGUUUGGCCAGGGCCCCACAAUCGGCAUGCUGCUGGUCUGUGGAGGGCUAGUAAAUGGACCUUAUGCCCUCAUCACAACAGCUGUGUCUGCGGAUCUGGGAACACACAAGAGCCUGAAAGGCAAUGCAAGAGCUCUGUCCACAGUCACAGCUAUUAUAGACGGGACAGGAUCUGUAGGUGCUGCAAUAGGCCCCCUGCUGGCGGGACUGCUUUCUGCGCAGAGCUGGGAUCAGGUCUUCUACAUGCUCAUGGCGGCAGACUUCUUGGCACUGCUGUUGCUGCUGAGAUUGGUGUUGAAGGAGCUGAGGUCUAAUAAGAGCCGCCCAGGUGCUGCUGUAGAGCUGAAGGAGCACUGAGCACUUUGCACUAAAUUGGAGAGUGAGAUUAGAGAAAGAGGCUGUGGACAGUCUCUAUCCAUAAACCUGCUGAGCACUCUUCUGACCACUUCCUAACUGGACCACAACUUGAGUCGGGACCAAAACCACACCUUGGCCUGGUUAUGCCCACUGUGCUUUGCCUUUCACUGGUUGCUUAAAGGGCCAAGACUGAAUCUUCACUUACUUUUCCAUUUAGAGCUCCAAUUCUGUACCCUGGCUGUUGUACAGGAGGGAUGUAGUCUGUAUAUGGAGCGAGGUCUCUCUUCUUAAACUGGUUCAAACCACUGGAAUUCAUUAGGCAUUGUACCAUUAAGAUGUGUCAGAUAAAUGAAGGAAACAAACAUACUGUAAGUGUUCAGAAAUUACUUUGUCUACGUUGUUAGAGUCAGUGUGCUUUAAGUAAUUUCGAGUAGUUAAAUGAUAAGAUACCAAAAUAUUUAUUUUGGUCCUGGAAUAUUUAUAUGUAGAAUCCUGUAAUUUGUACAGUGGUUCUGUGGGAAAUAGAACAAGUUCUGGGGACCUAGUGGUAGCUUUAGGUGUGUUAGUGUAGCUUUUCAUUUAAACCCAAGCUUAUCCCUCAGAGUAGUGCAGCUAUUUGUCAUGAGUUGAGGUGGGCAUAUUAGAACUGGAAAAACAAAAAAAAACAAUAGUGCUAAUGUGGCUAAUAAUGAAUUAAAGCUGGUGGGGAGCCAGUCAGCAUGUCCUCAGUUCAUUAGCAGUGUUAGCAUUUUAUGUGGGUAAUUGAAGAAUUUAGUGAGCUGAGCUAGGCAUAUAAGGGUAGAGAAAUCACACAAAUGCGCAGUACAAAGGGGCAAGACUAGGAUGGAGAACAGUCCUCCCAGUAAAGGGGCACUCCGGCCAACACGUUACCAUUGCUAGAUCUAUUGCCAACAUGCCAGCUCUCUUACUACAGCAAUGCCACAAUAGUCCCAACAGUGAACUUGAAGACUAAGAAAACCUUCAGGUGAUAUAUAUCAAAACUGGGAGUAACUUUUGGAAAACUACAAGCACUUUGGGGCCGGUGAGGUCAUUGUAUGACACAUUUGCAGAAUGCAUGCUGGGUAUUGUAGUGAGAGAACACUGCUGGAGGAAAACAAAAAGGAUACAAAAUUGUUAAUUCUUUCAAACCUAAACAUUGAGGGGUGCAAUAUUGUGCUACUGUAUAUUACAUAACAUGGUUAACAUGAAAUGCCAGUCUUAUGCUUGAAUUGCCCCUUUGAAAGUACACUUACUUUUCCUAACAUUAUUAGCUAAUUUGGCUAAUAGUGAAUAAAAGCUAGUGUGGAGCCAGUUAGCAUGACCACAAAUCAUUAUUAGCAAUGUUAACAUUUUAGGCGAAAUAUUUAAAUUAUGUGGAGUCGAUGGAACAAAUCUAUGUAUUGCUGCAGCGAGUGCUGUCCCAUUCUCUUGCAUCAGGGGUGCACAACUCUGGUCCAGCGCAGUUUGCAGGUUUCCCUGCUCAAACACACCCACUUAACCUGGCAAUUAACAGAGAAGUGUAAUCAGGUGUGUUGAAGCAGGUAAAUCACCAAACUGCUGGACACCGGCCCUCCAGGACCAGAGUUGUGCACCCCUGUCUUACAUGCAGCUGAAUCUUCCCCUUUUUCCCUGCUCCCAGUAAGUGUAGAAUGAAGUGUACCACUAAAGGUCCCUUGAAGCACAUGGUGGAUGAACAAAUUUGUUAAAUGUAAAUAUGGGUGCAUUGUGAAUAUGUUGUUAUUCAUUCUCAUCUGCCUUUCUAUAAACCAAAGCGAACCUUAUAUGUUAUUUAUAGAAGAAUAUUGUCUUUAUUUAAAUACUGUCUUCAGUACUGUGGUGGAUAUUAAGUGUUCGUUUUUUAUUUAUGAGUUGGGAUUGCUGGACAGAUCACGGGACGUUUCCUUAGUGUCUUUAUGUACUAGUCUGUGUCGUCAUGGUUGCGGUGAUAUUGAGCGUUCUAAUGCUGAAGAGGUUUGACAUGCAUUCAAACGUAUGAAAUGUUUUGGGUGGACGUAGAUUAAGUCAGCAGGUGAGUGCGUUCUGUACUGUGGUAUCAGGAGGCUUGUGAAAAGCCCAGUUUUGUUUUCUUUUAUUUUUCAUCAUGGUAUCAUUUCUGCCUUAUUGCAGAAACAGUGCUAUAGAUUUUGAAGAUGCUGUUAAGGCCUAUUUUGUUUGUAACCAUUUCAACAACUUUGUGUUUGUAUGAGGCCAGUAAUGGGGAGAGAGAAGCUCAUUUGCGCUGUUCAGUGUACAAACACUAAACAGAUAGAUGAGUUUAAUUCACCGUGCUGUUUAAUCGCCAUUAGCCUCAGUUAUUGUGACGGUAAAACUGCCCAUUUUGCCUUUAAGCGAAGAGUGAUCGUGAGCAAUGCUGCAGUCGGAUCGGUUAGACUGAUUCAGCGUAGGCCUCGAGGCUUAUUGCUUUUCUCCUGCAGUAACUACAGCACAAGCUCAUUAGACUGUAGGGACGUCACACUAUGGUUGCUUGAAUGUCUCUUCACAUGAAUAACUUGUGUGUAAUGCUGUACUAGUGUUACAAGGAAAUCAUUGUGCCUUUUUUUCUAUUUAACUGUUCUUUGUGUGGGGUUUGUUUUUCAUUGAUAUUUUUUUGACUCAUCUGGAAAUCUAAGUCACUGUGUAAUGUUGCUAUUUAUACAGUAAUUGAAGAAAUGAGAUUAUAAAUGCAAAAAAAUCA